ACUUUUCACACCUUCUCUCAUUACAACCUUCGGUCAACCUGAAAAGAACUUGCCAAACCGCAUCACACGACGCUCCAUUUUCAAAUUCGAACCUCCCGCUCUUCUCACAUUCCUCUCUCUCUCUCUCUCUCUAGCUAAGCUCAUCUCUUUCUUCGUCGAAUCGCCGACACAAUCAGAAUAUCCAAGAUGGGUGGUGCUCAAAGCCGCGAAGAUCUCGACCUCUCCGACUCCGACUCCGAAGACACCCGGAGCCAGCGCGAAUCUGACCAAGAAGACGACGCCUACGAGGACGCGAGAGAGCAAUCCUCCGCGGACCGCGCGUCGGCGAAAUCCCCAUCUUCGCUCGACGAAGUCGAGGCCAGGCUCAAGGCCCUCAAGCUCAAGUACUCGUCUCCCUCCUCGGAGAAGAAGCCCAAUCUCAAGAACGCCGUGAAGCUCUACCUCCACAUCGGCGGCAACACCCCCAAAGCCAAAUGGGUAAUCUCCGAAAAGCUCACUUGUUAUGGAUUUGUGAAAACUAGUCAUGAGGGGGAGAGCGAUGGCGAGGAAGAGGAAGAUGGGGAAGAGGGUUGGUGGGUUUUGAAGAUUGGUUCUAAGGUCAGGGCAAGAGUCGGCGCCGGAAUGCAAUUGAAGUAUUUCGGAGACCAGCGGCGGGUCGAUUUUGUUGCGGGGGGUGUGUGGGCAGUGAAGUUCUUUAGCAAUGAGGACUAUAGGGCUUUUGUGGGUAGGUAUCAGGAUUGUCUGUUUGAGAAUACUUAUGGUUGUGAGGCGACGGAAGAGAACAGGAUCAAGGUGUACGGGAAGGAUUUCAUGGGCUGGGCUAAGCCUGAAGCUGCGGAUGAUUCCAUGUGGGAAGAUGCGGAGAGCAGUCUGUCAAAGAGCCCCGGGUCGGCGACUCCGCUUAGGCCAAGUCAGGAUCUGAGGGAGGAGUUCGAGGAGGCUGCAAAUGGGGGAAUACAAAGCUUAGCAUUGGGUGCGCUGGAAAAUAGUUUCCUGGUGGGGGAUUCGGGUAUUCAGGUAGUUAAAAAUUUCAGCCAUGGAAUCCAUGGAAAAGGUGUUUUUGUCAAUUUUGAUAGCGGGAGUAGUCAUAGGAAGGGAUUAAGUACGACCUAUUCCACGCCAAAGAAAGCUCUUCUCAUGAAGGCUGAGACUAACAUGCUUUUGAUGAGUCCCAUUAAUGAAGGAAAGCCCCAUGCUAGGGGCUUACACCAGCUCGAUAUCGAGACUGGGAAGAUUGUUUCAGAGUGGAGGUUUGAGAAGGAUGGUACUGAUAUUACCAUGCGGGAUAUUGUAAAUGAUAAUAAGGGAGCUCAGUUAGAUCCCACAGGGUCAACAUUCUUGGGUCUCGAUGAUAACAGGCUUUGUAGGUGGGACAUGCGAGAUCGGAAAGGUUUGGUUCAGAAUCUUGCUGAUGCAAAUACUCCUGUUUUGAACUGGACACAAGGGCAUCAGUUCUCCAGAGGAACAAACUUUCAAUGCUUUGCCACUACUGGAGAUGGUUCCAUUGCCGUCGGCUCUAUUGACGGGAAGAUCCGGUUGUACUCGAGCAAUUCAAUGAGACAGGCAAAGACUGCUUUCCCUGGCCUUGGUUCGCCUAUUACUCAUGUGGAUGUAACUUUUGAUGGAAAAUGGAUUUUGGGCACAACUGAUACAUAUCUGAUUCUUAUAUGCACUCUCUUCACUGACAAGAGUGGCCAAACAAAGACUGGUUUUAAUGGUCGAAUGGGAAACAGAAUCUCUGCUCCACGAUUGCUGAAGCUGACUCCUUUGGAUUCACAUUUAGCUGGAGUUGAUAAUAAGUUCCGCAGCGGCCAGUUCUCAUGGGUCACAGAGAAUGGGAAGCAGGAGCGUCAUCUGGUUGCCACCGUGGGAAAAUUUAGCGUGAUAUGGAACUUCCAACAGGUGAAAAAUGGCUCUCACGAGUGUUAUCGUAAUCAAGAAGGCCUGAAGAGCUGCUAUUGCUAUAAAAUAGUCCCUAAAGAUGAGUCCAUAGUGGACAGUUGUUUUAUGCAUGACAAGUUUGCUGUCACAGACUCUCCCGAGGCUCCUCUGGUCAUUGCAACUCCGCUAAAAGUCAGUUCAUUUAGCAUAUCCAGUCAUCGCUGAUAAUGCAAGGCGUUGACUCUUGCUUAGUCUCUUUCUUUUUCUUUGUUUGAUCUUUUGUCGCCAGGUUUUAAACUACUUUAUG